UAAAUUUGUUUUACGUGUGAUAAUAGAAUUGAACAUGAGUUUUGGUUUAAAAGCUUUUGCUAGCUACAUGAUGGUAAACAAUAUGAGAUUUGCUGUUAUUAUACUUUUUUACUUAAUUCCUUUAGUUCUCAACUGAAACUCAUAUCAAACCAUAUCAAGAUAUUGACCAGAAAGAAGGUCUAAGAAGAAAUAUUUGUAAAGCAUUGCAAAAUUCCAUCCUAUUUCUAUGCAAAUUAUACCUUCACUCUUUCAUUAUGGUCAAAGACUUAAAUUUAUUGAAGUCUGUUUAUCAAUGUCGGAUGUGAAUGUAUCUGAAAGGCAGGCAGUUUAGAGCUAGUUUCGUGUUCUUGUAUAAUCAGGCAAUAUUGUUCAUGUUGGAUCACAUCUGAAGAUUCAUUGCAAUUUCAUUUCAGAGAGUUUGUAUGAACGUGACUAAUUUGUAUGCUCUUGGAGAGCAAAUUGGAUUAGGCAUGUCCAGAGUUGAAACUCAUGUCAGGAAACUGUUGACAGAAGUACAUGCCUGUACACCAAUGUGGAAACUAUCUUGAUAUAUGUGGAUUGAGGACAUUCAACAAAUAGAGGUGUAGAUGCAUAUUCACGAUUGAAUGGUCUUUCGUUGUCUCUAGAACAUUCCAGACAUUUACCUUGCUUCACUUGAUCUGUAUCGGGAAACAAGUCGACCUAUGUUUCAAAAUACAGAUAUUUUUGUUAUGACUGGGAAAUAAAUCAAGGAUUGUAGUACUGACAAAGUAAUUGUUGGAUUAAUUUGAUUAGAUUCAUACUUAUCAGUUUCAUUUUGAUGGUUGUGAAUUAAGUCUUUCUGAAUCUCAAUGGUUGUGCAUUAAUCUUCAGUAGCCAUCUUGAACUUGGAAACAUUCAAGUGCUAAGAAGUAGAUGCUCAUUUGUCGGUGUGGUAACUUUGAUUAAGUGGUGUGGAAGAUGUUGCACAACAGAAUGUAGCUUCCAUCACUUCUCCACCUGGUGUGUGUUUGUCCGGGAGGAAAGAGACAUGGUGAUCCAUUUCCUUCACACAUUUGGCCGAACCACUCACUUCCUCUGACCGUCUGACUACAGAAGAACCACUUGCACAUGUCCUACCGGUGACACUUGUAUACCAGUCGUUCAAAGUAUCAUCAUCCUGCUAAACUCCUGUCUUAUACUGGAAACGGUGUAACAUUUCCAGCACUCACUGGGCAUCAUAUGUCAUCUUUAACUGUGCACUUCUUCAUUACCAUUAACAUAAAUUACUCUCUCUCUUGUUUUUUCUUUUCUUCAGUGAUUGUUUUUUUAAACCUUUAAGUUGAACCAAGACUGUUUGAAGUCACUAGUGUCUGAAAAACUGGAGUCAAGAAAAGAAUAAAUGUUUCUACCUGUUGUCGUGUGGAGCUAUGCAAAGCGUUAUUCUACGACAUACCUCUACUCACCUGCAAUAGAGAGUCGUGUACCUGUAUGUAAAUGUUGAUCCAUAGAUCAUAGGAGAGCUGACUGUAUAUUGCAUAUUAAGUGUUCUCUGUGGAGAGGUCAGGCACAAGCGGUGUCACUUUGUUGAAGGAGAAUUAUUACCGGGUGUCGUGCGGUACUGAAGACACUUCAUAACUUCAUUCCUCUGUUUGAACACUUAAGACCUGGGAUCAUAACUUUAGCUUCUUUAGGCUUUGUGAAUUGUCCCUGGAGUUAUUAUAUUGCAAGGUUGUGUGUGGCUAUUGAGGGCACUAUUUACUUCACUAUCUGUUUGAAUACUAAACACUUUGGAUCUAAUUUUUUUAAAUAUAAUUUUUUAUUUCCUGUUUUUUAUACCGACAUUCAAAACUGAGGAUGAAUUAUACUUCAUUUACUGUUUGAAUAGUGGCUAUACGAAAAACCUGGGAUUAUCAUUACAUUUACUGUUGUAAUUUUACAUUAAAUUUUUUGACAGGAGCAUUCAACACUGAGGAUACUUUAUUCCCUGUUUGAACAAUGGAAAAUUGGGAUCGUAACCUUUGAUUUUUGCCUUGUGAUUGUCAUCAAAUUACUACAGACUGCCACUCCAUUACAUGUAUUUUAGUGUUUGAACAUUUAAACUGUGACUUUUUUAUGUUCAACAAUCCUUUUUGUUGUGACGUUAGUUAAAUUUGUUUUACUGUUUUUAAAAUUUACUGUAAGAGGGUGUACCAGACUUUUUGAUGUUGUUAACAUACAACACAAAUUUGAAGAAACAGUUUUGGUGAAGUGCUGUGAUUUGUUAAAACUCUUAAUAUAUGAUAUUGUUAUUGGAACACUUGUAUGUGACACUGUGCAGAUUCUGGAUAGAGUUGUAGGGGUUGCAGGAUUCAGUGAUUCUCAAAUUGGUGGUAAUAUGGAAUCACCGCCUGAGAAGCCAAGACGAAAAGUACACCGAAUAACCAGCAAGGCCGGCGAGGUCACAUUCGGAAAACUUCUCACAACGCCGCUGUUCGUGAACCCCGAGCAGCCAGGGUAUGUAGGUUUUGCUAACCUCCCAAACCAGGUUCACCGGAAGUCGGUCAAGAAAGGCUUUGAGUUCACGCUUAUGGUCGUUGGAGAGUCUGGUUUGGGCAAGUCUACCCUAGUAAACAGCCUAUUUCUUACUGAUCUCUACCCAGAAAGACUUAUACCAUCAGCUGCAGAAAAGGUAACUCAGACAGUGAAGAUAGAUGCCUCUACUGUGGAGAUAGAAGAACGUGGCGUCAAGCUCCGACUAACAGUUGUCGAUACUCCAGGAUUCGGGGAUUCAUUAAACUCACAAGACUGUUUUCGACCGAUUAUUCAGUAUGUGGACGACCAGUUUGAGAGAUACCUGCAGGAUGAGAGUGGACUCAACCGACGACACAUUGUUGACAACCGAGUUCAUUCAUGUUUCUACUUCAUCAAUCCCUCAGGGCAUGGGUUGAAACCCCUUGAUUUAGCAUUCAUGAAAGCUCUUCACCAUAAAGUUAACAUUGUGCCUGUUCUUGCUAAAGCUGACACGCUCACAAAAAUGGAAAUCAUCAAUCGCAAGAAGAAGAUUCUGGAGCAGAUCAAGGAGUGUGGAAUCAGUAUCUACCCUCUCCCCGACUGUGACGAGGAUGAGGAUGAAGACUACAAAGAACAGUGUCGUCAGCUCAAGGAUGCUGUCCCUUUCGCUGUUGUUGGUGCUAAUACUAUUAUUGAAGUGAAGGGACGGAAGGUCAGAGGUCGAAUGUACCCCUGGGGAGUUGUAGAGGUGGAAAACCCAGAACACUGUGAUUUCAUCAAACUGAGAACAAUGCUCAUUACACAUAUGCAAGAUUUGCAGGAGGUGACGCAAGAUUUACACUAUGAGAACUUCCGAGCAGAGCGAUUAGCAGUGGGAGGAAAAGCGAAACCAGCACCUGACAGUGGGCAGGAGAAGGAUCUUAACGACAAGGAGAGACAGCUCAGCGAGAAGGAGGCAGAAAUCCGCCGGAUGCAGGAGAUGCUGAUAAAGAUGCAGAAAGAGAUGGAGAACCAGAAACAAAGGCAGCAGCCGCAGGUUGGACGCCCACAGCAGAACGGUGACGUCAAGUCACAUAACGUGUAGCUCACAGCAGACAUAGUUUUCUGCUUGGUUCAUCAUGUGGAUUUCCGAUUGGAGAUGAGUUUCCAUCUCCUAGCCAAAAACAAUUCUCCCAGCCACCAUCAUCAUCUACAACUCCAGUACAGCACGUUUUAAAAACAUGUCUUUUUCACUAGUCAUCCAGUUUCAGUAAAACAUUAACAUGACACGUAUUCUUUUAAAGAUAUAUGUGGAAAAGGUGUGAAUUGUUCACUCACCUUCGAUAAAUUGUUAAAAAUUCAAUCAUGUUGGCUUUGUUGGAGAAUGUGUGAAAUUAGUUGCAAUCAUGUUGAGGAAUUCGAAAAAAAUACAUUAGAUGUAUUUUUGACAUGACACUACCAGUAAUCGAUGACCUUUGUAUGAUCAUCUGUUUAAAAUCGAGUGUGUUAAUUUUGAAUAUCUUGAACUGAAGAUCAUGCUUCUUUCCUUUCUUUUUGUUUUUGGAAAAGGAAAAACAAAUUAAACUAAAAUCUUGCAAAGAGCUAUGUACAUCAUUUAUUUAGACAUUAUGACAGCCUCUCAAAAAUUAAGUUAGGUGGUAACUACCUAAAAUGUGAAUGUUCAGUAUGUUUUAAUGAUAUUUUUAUUUUAGUUAUACUUUGACAGUCACAUCAUCAUUAAUCAUAAAGCAUAUGUUUUGCUUACAUUUUUAAUAUGAUGGACCAACAUAUUGUUUUAUGAAAAUAUAACGAAGCCUCAGGAUUUCUGUCACCAUGGUAAUGGUGAAUUAUGUUACAUGAUAAUGAGUAUCGGACUUUCCUAUCCGUGAUUUUGCCAAAACACUACUAAAAAUGAUUGUUUCUGAGAAAACCAGACACCAGGAUCAUGUUUCACAAAAUAUUGUUAAUCUACUUUUGCUACUAGCAGUUAUACCUGUCGUUUAAUAGUGUGUGACAUCUGUUUUACACAGAAAAUCACAUCAUUACAGUACAUGGAGCAUUCAUAAAAGAAACUGAAUUUUGUAUACUUUAAACCAUAUUAGUUGUACAGAUGGUAGUAAAUCAAAUUGUAAUUUAAUCAUAGAUUUACGUUUACCUGCAAAACUAGGUUUAUGAUGUUUUGUGAAAUUGGUGCUUGAAUAACAUGAUUUUUUUACUGUAACAUAAUUAAAAUAUAUAUAUCCAAAGAGACAUGACAUGUCUGAGACAGGAUGUAAUCUUGAAUACUAAUUUGAAAACCACACAUUAGUAUCUCUGUUGUGUGCUAUGAUGGUCACAUCUCAUCUGAAGUUUCCUGUUCAAUCAGUUGACAAAAUACAUAUAGUACCGGUAAUGAAGAUGGAACAUUUAAAAUGUUAGUUCUUCAAGAGCAGUGCAUCAGCUAGAAUAGGCAGUGAAUGUGGAUUGAUAUUAAAUGUAGCAUUCAUGUGAAGUCUUAUUAUCUCUGUAUUUCAUUGAUACCUGUAUUAACCAAUUGGGUUUUUACAACUAAUUUCUGUUUUUGCUUGGGGUUUUUUAGAAAUUAUCAUAAGGAGUAUGGGUCUUCUGUUCAACAUUUUGUACAGAACACAAUAAAAAUAAUUACUCAACCCUUGAACAUAUUUGAAUACAAAAUACUUUGUAUGCUAAAAAAAAACCCUGAUAUACUUGUAGAGUAUUAACCCCUCCCAGCUUCAAACAUAUAUACUGACAUGUAUAUCAAAAACAAAUUCAGAAAAAUACUGGGCAUGUAAAAUAUUGCCUUCAAAUUGUGCAUACUGAGUAUGUACCGAUAAAUGUUCACUUCGCUUACUUUUAUCAAUCUUCUCCCCUUUCUUCUAGGAAGAGAGAAGUCACUUCUCCUACUUUUUCAAUUCCAGAUUAGGGCCUGAUACUCUAUUCUCAUAAACCCCAUGAGAUCAUUUAUGGAAUAGUCUUCCUUUUAUUUAUUUUUUUUGGCUUUAUUACUGAAGUUGAGUGUAGAACCAAAAUAUUGAAUUGAAUUAUUUCUGUAGGUUGGAAAAGAAAUGCUAUCUUGUGAAAUGGUGUAAUUUUGUUUAAAUUUAGAUCUAAUAGAUGUCAAGGUGUAUUUUAUUAGUGAAGUUAGACAUGUAUGUGGCUUAUUUGUAAAUUAGCUGCCAAUUGUUUUGCUGUAUAGUGAUUAUGAAUUAAAAAAUAAUUCUUUAAAAAAGCUUUAAUUUCCGUUUAAAAUGUUCGAAUGUAUAUUUUUCUAAAAUUAUAAUAAUGCCAAGAAUAUAUAUUUGCUUGUUGGUUUAAAACAUCCUACCAAUCAUUGAAGGAUAAGGUUUAUUAUAUUUCUAAAAAUAAAGGUAAAACACAAAUAUUUUAAAUUAUUGUUGCAUAUUCUAGCAGUAAUUCUAAAUGUUAAUCUUCAUUCAUUUCUAAAAUGUGCAUUCAUAUUUCUAGUAUGUGCUUACGAACAUUAUCUGUUGUCGUACCUGCUGUAUAUGCUGAACGAAAUGUAUUGGUACAUUUUUAUGGCCUGUUAGGAAAUUGUCAACAUGUAUGCCAGUAAUAAUGAAGAUGUGAUUGGUAGAUUACAUACGGAAAUUGAGUUAUAUGAGAUUUGCUGUGUUUUAAUCUGCCCAAUAACAUAUCACAUAUCUUCUAUUAAACAUAGUGAUAACUUGCAUGAGUCUCAUUCUAAACUUUCAUGUUUGUGUAUUUUUCCUUUCUUUAUGCAGUAUAUGUAAAACACUACAAUUAUUGCUGGCCCCAGAAUUUCACAUUAAUGAACGAUCAUUUUAGUGUUGAUUAGCACCUUUCUAAUCAUGUGAAUAACAUUGAUGCUUUAAGUGCACUAUUAAAUUCUCAAGAUAAAGGUAUCCUUUAGCUGUGAAUACUAGUAAUGUUUUUAAACUGAAAAAAUUUGAUGUUUAAUAGUGUUAACAGAAUAAACCAGGGCUUUAGGAGCAUUGCUGUUCAUAAAACAUGUUAACUGUUUUCUAUAAUCCAUUGAUUAGUUUACUGAUGGCACUACCUGAAAACAUCUUGUCCUCAUUCUUCUGGAUCCUGCAAAGUUUUCCACUUAACAUUUCUUGUUAGUAGCAUCAACAAUGUUCACUCCCUAAUAUUUUACUGUGUAAUUCAUAUAACCAAACAAUUAUCAUGAUUAGACACUAUUUACAAAUGUUUGUGCCUUGUAUGAAGAAUUAUUUAACACAUCAUUAAUUGUAGGAGGCUGGUACCUCAUUACGUUUUUGGGGGAGUAGGGGUGAUGGUAAGGGAUGACAGUUGACUGGGUCGUGAGCAGUUUUGUAAAAUACAGAUCUUCUACAUUAUUAUGAUUGCAUCUGCUUUACUGAGUGAACCUUGCAAAAUGAUUACAAAUUAUCAAGAGUAAAACAAGGAUGAUGUAUUUUAAAAAAAAGGUCAUUCAGUUUUACUCGGUUCAGUCAAAAGUCAUUUGUGAUAAGUAAAAAGGAUUAUCAUAAAACUUUGGGGCCAAACUUUGUUUAUAAAAGUCCCAGUUUUUAAUAUUUAUAAUUUAUUAAUAACUUCUUUAUUAUUAUUUUUUUUUUAAAUUUAUUAUAUACUAUAUACUUCUUUUUUUCAUAUUUAAUGAUACAGAACUCAUACCAGUAUGCUUUUAGUUAAUUACAGUAUUUUAAAAACCCAAAACUUCAUUGAAUAUUUUCUGGUGAAGGCUUUUUAAGACUUUAUAAAAUUCAAUAAUGUAAAACUUUAAAUUUACAGCUAUAAAUAAAUAUAUAUAUUGUAUUGAAACUGCAUUUCUAUUUAAAACUGAUGUUCAAAGCUUUGGUGAUUUUUUUUUUCCCCACACUGAAUUAUACAUCUUAAUUAUCAUAAACUGAUUUUUUCCCCUCUUCUUAUAUACAGCCCUUUGAAUGUGGUCCAAUACAUUUUUGUGAUCUAGUUUUGUGAACAUUUUGUAAAUCUUUACCUACACAUACAGGAUGUGUGCAUGUGUCAGUUGAAUGAAGUAAAGCUUAUUUUUAUACACAUUAUCUGUGUAAGCUGAAUUAAAAGUUAGCAAUUUAGUAAUGAUAUUUGAUGUUUAAGUAAAACAUAAUUUAUUUAUGUACCAUUGCCUAUAGUAUACUUCAAGAGCUGUUUUUAGCAAAAGCCCAUGUUGGUGUAAUCAGCCACAGAGGUGGUUUGAUAAGUGUUCUUAUAGAGUAAUGUCCCUUACUCAGAAAAUUUCUUUAAAAUAUGUACUUGCCUUGUACAAAUAUUGCAUUUGUUGUUUGGACGGACCUAAUAAACCUUUCAAGAAUAUUCAUGAACUCUCUAUGUUUACAUGUAUGCCAAUUAACAUUUAAAAUAAAUAUUAAAUAAUUUUAUAUAAAAAAGGUAAAAUGUAUUAUGAAUAAUAUUAAAUAAAAACAUUUGCUUCGUAUUUGCAGUCAUAACAGUUUGAUGUUUUCUCAUUAAAGCCACUGGACUCGGUUCUACACUUGCUAUAUUACAAUUCUUGAUAUGUUUUCCCAUUGUAAGAGGACCCCCCCCCCCCCCC